GCCUUGUCCAUUGCUGCUUUUGCUUCUCACGGGAGAAGGCGUCCUUCACGCCGACUCACGAGUAGCGCGGACAAUGACGGCGCUCUCUGAGUUCAUCAGCUUUUGCUACCGCGUCUUCGUCGCGUGCGUCGAACUCACCAUCGACGCGCUCGUUCUGCCCUUCUUCCUCGCGGCGCUCCUCAUGCCGUGGCGGAUGCCAUUCCUCGUCUACGGGCUGUGCACAAAGGGUUGGCCAGUUUCUCCCGAUGACUUUGAAGGUUGCUCAUCGCGCGAGAACUAUCGCAUUACCGCCGUCGGCCAGUUUUUCACCGGCCUCAUUGAGGGUCUCACCCUCACGAUCACGCCCAUCGUGGCACUGAGCGGCUUGCGAACCGCAAAGCUUCUCGAGCGGAUCAAGAAGCACAUGCGCAACGACAUGGACAUGGACUUCAUGUCCAAUUUCCCCCUGCUGGUGGCGGUCUGGGAGCAGCUCUACAAGCUCGUCCUCGACUUGCUGCCCUUUGGUUGCCUCGUGCUCGCCUUUUCGAUGCCGUGGCGCUGGCCGUACCUCGCACGCGGCCUCUCGAGGCAUGGUGCUGGCUGGCUCUUCCAGACCAUCUGCCCGUGCUGCGUGCCCAAGAGCAAGCGCAAAAAGGAGGGCGAGGUCCGCUGCUUGUGGAUCGGCCAGGCCAUCUUUGGCGUCUGCGACCUCGUCACCGCCAUGCCUCUCGCCCUCGUGCUCCUGAGCGGCUUGCGCACUCGCAAGCUGCUAACGAAGUUGCGCAGCAAGGAGGUACGCGAUGACUACGAUGAGGACGUCGAGUAUAAUUGGAAGGCGCGUGGCCUCGUGUGGAAGCAGUGCGGCUCGCUGUGCGUCGACUUGGUCUUCGUGCCGCUCGCGCUCGUCGUCCUUCUCUCUGGCUGGCGCUCAAUCUCGCUGCUGACCCUCAUGCGGGACAAGGAGCUGAAGGGGAUGAGGAAGCGUGGCAAGGCCAUCCGUCUCUUCUUCCACACCCUCCUUGACGUGCCCUUCAUCCUCGCCGCUCUCGUGCCCGCCCUCACACCAUGGCGCACCCGCGCCCUCUGGACUGCCCUCAAGCUGUGGGACCGCAAGGGCAGCGGGGCCAAAGACAGGCGUCAGGCCGCGUGUGAGCAGCUUGUCGAGACCCUCAAGGAUUGGGCGCAUCUGCCGCCCGCCGCGCUCGUGCUGUCCACGUGGUGGCGCGCGCGGGACCGUGCUCAAGCUCGGCAGCACCACGCCGCCCACGGCGGCGCAGCGGCGGGCCGACGUGCGCUCGCAUUGCCACGAGACGAUGCUCGACCAUCCUCACGUCCUCUUUGGCAGCCUCGUCCUCCUCUUCUGCCCGUGGCGCGCACGCAUGCUCUGGCGGGCCGCAAAGCCGUGGCCCGGCGCCACACGAGACGCGGCAGCAGCGGCGGACGCGGAUGGCAGCACAGUCGCCGCCGUCGCCGCGCCACCGGCUCCUCCAGACGUGAGCGCCGCCGCCGCCGUCGUCAUCACAGCCGAUGAGCGUCGCUCCGCGGCACGCGAGCAGUUUGGGCGCUUUCUGCUCGAUGUGCCCUGUGGCGCGAU